AUGGACACUUUCAACAGUACACCUGACUGUACAAAGAUCUGUCUGGAUGGCACGCAGAAGGCGCGGGGCUGGAUUCAUGAGCGAGACCCAUUAUAUAUUGUGUUUGGGACGGAGAUGUUCUAGAACAGCCUUCAGGAUACUCACAGGAGCCGGUUUUCCACACCAUUCCUCCAUUCAGCGAGCGUUCCUGUUGCCGUGGUAAUCCAUGGCCCUGUGACCCGGAAAUGAUCUGCUCCGGUCGCCAUGGCGCAGGCCGGUGGCGAUCUUUGCCGUGUUGAUGCCGACCCGGAGUUCAACCUGGCUGGAUGCGCGGCGGCACUGGAAGUGGCACUGGGCGGCGGAGAGGCCGGCUCCAUCUGGUUCAAGGAGAGCAAGGGGCGCAACCUGAGGUCCCGCGACUGGAUCGCCCCCCGAGGGGCCCUACGCAAACUCUAUCCGCAGGGUCAGGUUCCUGAAGAUGUCAUAGAAAGACUGCUGUCUGAGUAUGGUCGUCGCCUGUACAUACACAGCUGUGCACAGACAGGAGCUGGGGCUAUAAUUCACUUGGACCAUCCUGCCCUUUUUAAGCAGGUUCUGAACAAUCUUCCGCUCUACACAAAGCCUCUGAAGAACGUACUGCCAAAGAAGAAAUGUGUGAUUCUGAACUGUGCAGCUUUGCAGGGCAGUAGGGGCCCUGAAUCACUGACAAUUAAUCACUUGCGAGCUAUCCUCCUGGCAGACCAUUUAGCUGAAGUGUUAAGGCAACAAGGUUAUGUCGUGCACACAGUGCCAAAUCUUCGGCAAAAUGCUGCAGCCUGCAACUUCCUGAAAUCGCUAGGUGUCAACUGGACUUCAUCCCAACAAACUGCUUUGGACAAUGGAAGAGUUUCUGACUUGGAGAAGAUUCUUUCAGAGUCAACUUACACGCAGCAUGGGCAGUUGGAGGCCGCUCCAGAUCAGACACGUAACGUGCUGCCAAAAGGUGUGCACUGCAAGGUGCACCUAAGUCAGUUCGUGAAGGAGAAGGCGCUAGAAGGUUAUGAUGCAAAUUUGGAUGUGGCUCUGGUGAAAGAGGAAACCCUGAGACAGAUAGCAGAGCUUCAGCACACAGUCUCACAGGAGGAUCUGGACCAAUGUAUGGUGAUUCAUGUGGUGGGCUGUGAGGAAGAAUUUCAGCAGCAAAAGAUCGAUGUGCUCUGGCGGAUUCUGAAUCCUGAGAUCAAUCAAGUAACUCAGCGACACCUUGUGUGUGGCCCAGUGAGAACAACUGGGGAACAUUCACAUAUCAGUGCUGUUCAGUAUUUUAAAUUUCGAAGGUCUCAAAUGGAAGAAGCGUCUGUGAUGAAGUAUGGAGACGUGGUGCAAGGUGGUUCAUGGACUGAAAUCAUCAAUAGCAUGACUUCCGCUGUCAUCAGGUUUGAAAUGCUGGCAGUCACACACCGCAGUCCACUGAAUUUAGACCUGACACAAGGAGUCAGUAUUUCAACCAAAGGGACGAGGAGUGGAGCAUUUGUCAUGUACAACUGUGCCAGGCUUGCAACCUUGUUCGAUCAUUUCAACAGUUCUGUGGAGAAAGGAUUGUACCCACAUUUCCCAGAAACAUCCCAGUUGAACUAUUCUGCACUCCAGGAAGAGGGCGAGUGGCUGUUGCUGUAUAAUUACAUUAUUCCUUUCCGAGAAGCUCUGGUCCAGAUUACUGAUUCCCUGAGCUCAGCUAAAGGGAUCCAUCUGAGCGUGAACACAGAAACAGUGUGCAAGUUUCUUGUAAACCUCAGCAUGGAUUUCAGCUCCUAUUAUAACCGUGUGCACAUCUUGGGAGAACCACUGGAACAUUUAUUCAACCAGAUGUUCACACGCCUGCAGCUGAUGAAAGGACUGAGAGAGGUUUUUCAUACAGCGCUGGGAACACUCCACAUCCCACCACCCAGCCAGCUCUGAGGAUCCGGUACACCCAGAGCUCCAUUCCACACCAUCGGGUUGAAGGAAAGGAACAAAGAAUCAGGUGGCCUUCUGCCUUCAUCAUCUGCUGAUCUGUGGACUGAAGCAGAGAAACUUUGACAUUUGUUUGUCAGUGCCAUGUCUCUGCCUGUAAUACCUCUAUAUAAAUAGGUGACCUUACCAAAUGGGAUUAUGAAAGGUGGAGGUCUGAUUAUAGAUCUGUUUCGUCCACUGUUGCUGUUAGCUAUCACUUUCUGUCCAUCACCCAGACAUCCUGAGUAUCAAAACUUAGCAGAAGCAAGUAUUGAAAAUUGGGUGGUACUGUAUGAAGGUUGUCUUUCUGGGUUCAGUAACAGAGGGAGAGAGAUCCAUUUUUCAUCAUUUGUGAACAUUGUUCUGUCCUCUGUGACCACCCUCGACCAGAUUCUAUUUGUACCUAUUUAUUUCAACUGUUUCUUAAAUAAAAAUAACUGCACAAGC